GAUAUUUCACCAUGUUUUUCUCUUAAAGUCUCACUAAUCUAAUACAUUCUUCGACUUAAAGUUUAGACAUAUAUUUAAUAUAGCUAUGAUUCACGUAAUUUUUUUUCUUGUGUAGAAUUUUUAAAAAAUACCAUAUUAUGGAUGCGUUCAUUUGUAACCUUUUUAGCCUAUUUCAACAAAUGUCGUGAAAAAAACUAGACAUAAGUUGAAGUAAAUCAAGUUUUAUUAAAAUUAAAACAAUAUUUGUGAAUUUUGAUACCUUUCACCUCGGUUUAUUCGUUUGAAAUUUUUAUUUUGUUAUAAAAUAUUUUUAUGAUGUAGAAUAAUUACAUAUUUUGUGUUGGGUUGGGUCUUUACUUAAAAAUAUCGCCAACCCGACCCAACCCAUUUAGAAACAAACCGUAGGGUUUAGAAUUUUUUGGGUGGGUUUGGAUUUAAUAUUUUCCAAACCGUAGUGCAUGAGUCGGGUGAUUAAAAUGCCUAAACCCGGACCACCCGACCCAUGUACACCCCUAGUGCUAAGGUGUAGAAAUUUCUCUUGUUCGAUCAUGCUCCUAUUUAUCAAUGUACGAAACAAACGAAUCCCAUGCGAGACAUAAAAAGGAAGGAACUAGUAAACGAGACUUUCAUAAGGUAGAAACGAGCACAAAAGAAUUUUGAAGUACAGAUGCUGUGGCCCAAGUUUUGGGACUCAAUUUGAGGAAAGUACUAAGAAUCACAUAAAGGCAAGACAUUUUCCCCUUCCGAGUAUGCUUUCUCCCACCAUUGCAAAGGUCAAGGUUUCCUAAGUGCAAGGGUUGACCUUGAAAGCUUCUUAUGAUCCACUACCUAUGAUCGAAACUCGUGUAAUAUAGUGGGGGCAAGUGAGUUGUAUGAUUGUGAGUUUUGGUUUGUAUGAGGAUAGCACAAAGCCCAAGUGUGAGGGAUUUUCUAUAACACAAGUAAAGCGCCAAUCGUAACCCUCAGCUCUUAAGCUGCAUGGUCAUCGUUAUGAUUCAUACUCUUCUAGUCAAACUAAUAGCCAUAAUUGAUUCACCAUUUUCACCCAACUCCUUCAGUUCAACCAAGAUGAUACCAAACAUUUCCAAUGGCAAAACUGACGUAUUGAUGCUUUGCUUGAGGGCAAGCAAAGGCUUAAGUGUGGGGGGUAUCUGAUAACACAUAAAUUAUACAUGUUUUAAGAUCCCUUUCAAGCCUCUUUGCUUGACCAUCUCGACAAUCAUCCUUUGUUUUUGCCACUUUUAGGCUUGGUUUGUGAUUCUUGUGUGUUCAAGGUCAUGAAGAACGAUUUUAAUAAUAUUUGGACAAGAAAUACACAAAGUAUGAAAGCUUGGGAGCUUUAGGGCAUUUGGAAUGCUCUUGGAUGACUUUAUGGAGCUUCCAAUGGCUAGCCUCACGCCCGUGGCCCAAACUGUGAAAAUCAUAUGGGAAAUCCUCUUGAAGAAAUUCAUGCCGAGUGAUUCACGGCUAUUGCCCACAGCCACGACCAGAAAACGAAUGAAGCAUGAAGACUGCCCUAAAGUGACGCUGGAUCGAAUUAGUUCUAGGACUGGGGUUUAGUUAACGAUUGGUUUUGCGACCGUGACCGCACCCUUAAAUGACCUUUUAUCAUGCCUAUUUAAGCGUCUCUAAGCAUAUUAAAGAGAUGAGGUUUUCCAUCCAUUCUACACCAAAUGAUUCACCUAGGAGCAUCCGAUCAAGUGGCCAUGAUGGAAAUCAUUUCUUCUUUCUAUCUUUUGUUCAUUUUUCCAUUAGCCAUGAACUAAUCCUACUCUAUUUUUUGGAUUAGAUGAACCCAAGUUGUAUGAUACUGAUGUGAUUGAGAAUACAUGGAUUUGGAUGUGUAUGAUCUUUGAUUUAUCUAUGGAUUAUGUUUCGGGUAUGCUUUAGUUGCACCCAUGUUGCAUGCUUGUAUGUUCGUGUCUAUGUUGAGGAGAAGAUCCCCAAAGAUGGGUAGAACGCCCCAUAGAUGAUAAUGAACUCUUAUUACUAGAAUAUGGAGGAAGAGAGACUUCUGUAUUAGGGUAAAACCUAAUUGAGGAAUUCAUAAAGCAUUAACGUUAGGAGAAUCAAUCUAGGUCAAGGGGAAUAUCAUACUUAGAUUGAAUCAACUAAUAGUGUGUUAAUACAUGAUAAUAUCGGGUUAACACCAAUUCGGGAAUUCCUACGGUCAAGAAACAUAACCUCGAGUCUAUGCAUGAUCAAUCGAAAGGGUAUAAUUAACUCAGGGGGAUUUGAAGUCUAAUCAAUGCCGGUCUCUGCUUGAAUUUUCCUCGAAACCACGUUUUGUCUUUGUUGAAUUUCAUUGUCUUUUUUAUUUUAGUUAAUUGAAAGAACUUGAAAUGAGAUCGGUUAAAUAAUAAGAAAUAUAACUCAAUACUAGUAGUCAUAGUCUCUGUGGAAUACGACCUUGCUUGUCGCUAUACUGCCUCUACGACGGGUACACUUGCCUUAAGUAGUCGCACUUAGCUUCCUGAUAGGCUAGCUACGUGUUUGAAGCUCUCAGAUUGGUUGGCUGACGCGGAAGCUACGAGUUUCUCUCCCUAGAAAGCCUAAUCAAAGGCCUAUAAACAGCCUCUACAGAUAGAAACGAGGAGGAGGAGAAGAGAGGUGAAGGAAGGGUUGUUACUCUAUCGACAGAGCUUCUCACCUUACGCAAAGUAAAACAAACCUCACUGGAGGAGUCGCCGCCGAGAACGGCUUCCUUGGCCAUGUUUUCUCUGCUAUGGUCGCCGAUUCCAAAGGUAUUUUAGGACUUCAUUUUGAUUAAUGAACGCUCAGAAACCCUUCCCCAUUACUGGCUAGUUCCUUUAGUUGUGUAGGUAUGUGAAACCUAGGGGUUCUAGUCAUGUAAAACUCGAUGUUUGUCGAUUCGAAUGAUUGCUUAGUCGACCUUUCACUCCUUUCAGGUGAAAGGAUCGAAAUCGCAGUCGUGUAGGAUUAAGACUAUAAAUGGCAGUCUUACCUGAUCGAUUCUCAUUCGAUCAAACACCGUGACGUCUCCUAGGAGAAAUCCAUAGGGUCCUUGUCGCCUAUUAGUUCGGAUAAAUUCUUCGACAGAAGGUGGGAUCUGAUGGAAUAAGAAAUUGACAUCUCAUAUAUUGCCAGAUAUUGAUAGAUACAUGACUAGGAGACCUAGGGGGAGGUUGCCUACGCAACACCUUCCUUCUAUGCUCUCUCGUCCAUCCAAACUUGCUUAGUUUUACUUUACUGCACAUUUCUUUUCUUUUUGUUUUAGUUUUACAAAAACCAUAGGCACCUCAAGAAAUUAAGAAAUAAUUGAUGAUGAU